GUCCCCUCAUCCGCCUCAUCGCGCAGCACAACACGACGAUCCUGACGUCCAUCUCGCUGCGGUUCAAGGGCCCGAUCGCGCCCGUCCUCGACGAGUGCCGCCUCUCGGCGCGCGAGACGGCAAAGAUGGCCGUCAACUGGCAGGGCGACGGCAUCCUGUGGAUCAGCAAUAUCCUCAUCGUCAACAUUGCGUACGCUGCGACGCUCCUCCUGCGACUCGCCGCCGCCAAGCCUGGCCCGAUCGACCACGAGACCAAGAUGCUGUGCGCCGCCGUCGCCGACGUCCUCCUUCGAGUCGGCGCCAUGAGGCCCACGUGCCGGACCCUCGCCACCCUGCACGGCACCCGCAUCCGCACGCUCCUCCUCGCCGACCUUCCCAAGCACUCGGCGUCGACGCCGUCUGGCGCCCUCGUCACCUCGCCCUCGUCGUCGACGUCAACCUUGCCACCUGUAGGGCACACCUCGCCGUACCCGGCCUUCUCGCCGACGUCAGCAUCCCUCCUCCUUCCGACCCAGGCCCUCCUCCAGGCGCAAGAAGCCGCCGCCGCCGGGCUCGCGCCGCCCGUCUUUCCCUCGACGCCCUCUGCCGCGCCAGGCGCCGCCGACAACGCCGCCGACAACGCCGCCGCCGCCGCACGAGGCCCCAACGUGUUCAACCUCGCGCCGGCCGACUCGCACGCGCUGUGGAACCUGUUCCACGAGGCGCCGGCCGUGUCGCUGCCGCUCCCGGCGAGCGCGACCAUGCAGAGCACGUUGCAGCCGGGCACGGUCGACGCGACGACGGGCACGUUCAGGCCCGACGACUGGGUGUACAAGAGCGCGCUCGACCAGGACUGGCUCAGCUCGGAACCUGGUGCGUGGGCAUGGUGACGGGCUUGUCGUCGUAUUGGCGAGCAGUGCAACCGCAGUCCUUUUCGCAGCUGG